AUGUACAACUAUCUCAAAAGAUAUCAGUUCGUAUACAACUCGGGUUCGGCAGCAGUAAUAAGUUUCAAUUCGAAAGAAUACUUACGUACACUUAAAAAAUACGUAGCUCAGACCAGCCCAGGAAAAAUAGGAAAAUCUUUUUUGAAACGAACGUUGUAUAAACGUAAUUUAUGCCGAAAAAGACGACGAACAAUAAAAAAAAUUCCUAAAAUAAGUGCCAAAACAUCAGGAAGGGCUGAUAAAGAAUACGGAAAUGCUGAACUGUUGGACAAUGUAAGAAACAUAAACAAUGCCGAUUUAAUUAAAGAAAUGGAUACAUUUGUGAAAACACUGAAUGAAGUUAAUCGGACACAGAUAGAAAUUAAAACUCGAGAUCAAGCAUCUAGCGAAACGUGGAGACUUGAAAGAUUGUCCAGACUUACUGCAAGUAAUGUUGGUCGGAUUUGUAAGAUGCGACAAACUACGAGCUGUAAAAAACUAUAUAUUCAAUUGUGUACAAUAGCUUCAAUAGCAAAUCAGUACAGUAUGGUAGGGAUAUGGAAAACAUAG